AUGACUUUCGAACUAGUUCAAGAGUUAGAUUACACGAAGAAACUGUUGAAUAAUGCUAAAGAGAAGUUGGAUAGACUGGAGGAUAGACUGGAGGAACUGAGGAACGGAACGGCACAGCCUACGUGGAAUGGCGAGGUGGCAAACUUGGAGAGCAAAGAAAAAAGUCUGGAGACGGACAAAAAGAAUUGGUCUAACCAGUUAGCAAUGCUACAGACGAAACUGAUGGAAUAUACUCAACCAGGAAAAAGAAAAUUGGAUUUGGAUGAUGGGAAUGAAGGCGGAGACCGAAAAAAAGUUCCGGAUCUUACUAGUGCUCAAAUAAUUAUGAAAAGAAUAAUGGAACUUCCAGAGGAUCCUGAUGUUUACUCGAAUCCGAAAAAUUCCCUUUCAUUACCAUUUCCAUUUCUUGGCUCAAAAAAACCAGUAGAAAGGUUUGCUUUUAACGAUGAUGAAUUUUUCACCUUCAUGGGAAGAAGGGAAUUCAAGAAUGUUUUAGAUGAAAUCAACAAACUUCGAACAAGUUAUUAUAUGGAAAUGUUUAUUUAUGGAACCAUGGGGUAUGGGAAGUCAUAUAUUCUUUCAGCAAUCACGUGCUACCUUUUCCGUGUCAAAAAACGUGUAGUAUACCUUCCUGAUUGCCGUGACCUGUCAUUUGAUCCUGUGGAUUACAUUAAGUCGGCCCUAUUCCUUACUUAUGUAAAUGACCUUGAGGAAAUAAACAGAAUUAGUUUAUGUGAAACACUUGGUGAUAUCGUAGAUUUUUUUAAAUCGGUAGAUGAACGUUUAUAUUUUAUUAUAGACCAAGUGAAUGCUUUGGAUGGAGACGAUACUGGAAUUACCCCACAAACCAAAAUCGAAAUUAGAGGAAUUAUCAAUAAAAUUCGUAAUAUACAUUUUUGUAUUAAGAGUGCUUCAGCAAAUAACGAAUGGGCACUUCGAUAUAAGAGGAAGCAGACUAAUGAGAUUAAGAUGGCUCUUUAUGGAGGGCUUAAAGAGGAUGAGAUGUUAGAAUGGUGGGUAAGACAUGGACAUCUUUUGGAUCAUGAUGAAAGGGAAAAUCAAAUGAAAGAAAUUGAAGAUAUCACUGGUUGUGUUCCACUCUUCUUAAGAUACUUCCUUGAAUCUUAUAAUGAUAAUAGUGACGAAACUUUUGAUUUCAGAAAGAACCACUUAAUUGAGAAUUUAGAAAGUAUAAUAAAACCUAAUUUAGAUCAAUUUUCAUUAAAUAAAUUCGUAAUAAAAUACGAUCAGAAUCGUUAUGUUGAGGUGAUGACAUCGUUCAUGACAAAUACUAAACUUCCUAUCCAUAAAGAAGACGAUUAUGACCAUCGUUACUUUUAUGUUAAAAGAAAAACUCGUUAUGACAGAUACGAAGUUGGUCAUUAUAUCUGUGGGCUGACGCGAAAUUAUAUAGCUGAAUUCUUAUAUGAGAGAUCCAGAAUGAAUGUAUUUACGGAUGUAAAGUGGAUUAAUAGCAUGAAAAUGUUCAAGGACAAUCCGUCAGUAUUAGGAUUCUUUAUGGAAAAGGCAUGCAUCGCUAGCAUUUCUAAAUAUGGAUUGAUGGUAGAUAAAUCAUCUUUUAAACCUGACAGAACGGAGUUUUUUUCCAGCGAAAUUGCUGUAAGAGAGAAAACAUGUACAUUUUUUAUACCAUAUAUUUGGAAUCAUGAUGCUAUUGAUGGAUUACUACUCUUACACAAAAAAGAAAAGAAAAGUAUUGAUUCUGUUCAUGUUAUUCCAAUACAAGUUACAAUUACAAAGCCCAGCAAACAUUCAGAUUCCGAGCAAAAGUUUUUUGACGGUGCUUGGAAAAAAUUGAAAUUAGCAAAUUAUGGUGAAAAUGUGAAAGUAUCAUUUGUAUGGAUUACGUGCAGAAGUGAAGAUAGCAGAACGAUUGAACAAAAUUUCAAGAAAUUACGUGAACAAAUUAUUGAAGUUAACCCCAGUUAUAAUAGGGAGGUAAUCGCAUUUCGAAAUGUCAACAAAGAUAUUGAUGAUGAAUUUCUUUUUUCAGAUCGUGAUAUUUGA